CCCGGCCGGCCUCCGGGGGGUGCUCUUCGGUCGCUCUUCCGCCUUGCCCCCGAGUCUUGCUGCGGGGCGACCAAAGAAGCACGUUUUCCAGCACUUGGGAAAGACCGCCCCACCUCCCACGCCCCUCGCCCGUCUCCUUCGGUCGGACAAGCCCGCGUGUCAUCGCGCAGCACCGGAGCGCGCGCCCUCUGCGUGGAAUCCCCCACCCGGGUUUCUCCCCCCCCUUUUUUUUUGUUAGGGACGGAAUGGAGGCGUCCGCCAAGUGGUGGCUGCUGGUCCAGCUGGGGCUGCUUCUGACUCGCCUUCCAGGGCAUUCUGUAGCUUUCGAAACCAUUACCCCUUAUUCGCUCUAUGUGUGCCCUGAAGGUCAAAAUCUCACUUUGACUUGUAAAAUCAGUGGGGUUGUCGCCAAUCACCAUAAUUUCCUCGCCGUUUGGUACUUCAGCAACAAAGACGACCGUAGCUGUUCCCAAGGAAAGCACAUCCACAACAUCACUGCUAAGCAACUUCAUCAUGAAGCCGAGACGCAUCAUAGGCAGCUUCAUGGGAAUGUCACUGCUGAAAAAUAUCCCCACGGGCAUCAAGUCAACUAUUACGGAUUGGAAUUCUUUUCAAAUCAUCAUGAUACUUUCCAUGUUUUUAUAGCAAAUCUUACUCUACAGGACAGAGGAUACUACUGUUGUUAUAUAAUAGAGACUAUGAUAGAAAAAAAGAAGCCACAUAUCUUGCACCGUUCUCAUGGUUUCAUGGAACUUCGUAUACAGAAAGGAAAUAGAUCAUUUACAAACUGUACAUUUCAUCUUGAUGACAAUACGGAAACUACCAUAGCAGUCACAAUUGCAACAGUGGCUUGCAUUAUAGGCAUUCUGUGUUUUCCUCUCAUCCUACUUCUUAUUUACAAGCAGAGGCAACUAAUUACUAACAGGCGUGCUCACGAACUCGUAAGGCUGGAUAGCAACGGCCAUGGCAUUGAGAAUCCUGUCUUUGAUGCUGUCUCUGACGUAGAGUCAGAAUCAAGGAUUAGGCCACAAUUAUCGUUUAUGGCGAGCCGUCAGGCUUCAGAGUCAGACCGACACCUUCUCUCACAGCCAAAUACCCCUCUCUCACCUCCAGCCCCGGGAGAAUGUUUCUUCCCAUCACUUGAUCCUGUUCCUGAUUCACCAAAUUUAACAAAGGAACAGUCAAAGGAAGAUGAUGUAUUCUGAAUUUUUAACAGCAAUAUGAACAAGGCUUACUAUUUGCUGCUUUAAAGGAGAAAGAGAGGCAGAGACAGAGGGAAACAAAUGUGUGAAGUUUUUAGGAGACUGUUUCUAAAGUCUUGAAGGUUUUUUGACUGUCCUAAUAUUUCAAUAUAUUGCUGUUCUCUGAUUUCUGAAACAAUUCAAUGUGAAGAAUAUGAAGACAAGGAAAUAUUAUUUUACUUUCCUGGAAUUAUGCAAACUUUUUGUUUUUUUACUUCACAGAAGUUAUUGAGACAUGUUUCUAAUGUGUUGUAUGGAUUAAUUAGAUCAAGAUCAUCUUACAUUUUGUUUAAACUGUAAGGGAUUGUGAAUAGCACCAUCAAAAGCCUUGCUCUGCAUUCAAAAUGCCUUGGUUCCUAGAAACAGAAAAUAAUUUCCACAUAAAGUAUUUUUUUUACUUUGCAUAUGUAUUCUUUAAACGAUUGUAUGUUUGCACAUGUUUUAACAUAGCGAUAAGAUGCUUUGCUUGUAUCCUGUACUCAAAAAAACCAAACCCCCCAACUGAACUAUCUCCAUAUUUCACUCUAAUUCAAUCUUUUCUAUGCUCUCUUUUUAUUUGCUAAUGAUUUAAGGCAAUCUAGAUGAAGGUUCUCAAUUGCAUAACUUACAAGUAAAUAUUAUUUGUAAGAAUAUGUUGAAAAUCAUGAAGGAUAAUCAUAUUAGAACAUAAAAAAUGGAUUUCCAUUUAGCUCUGUUGAACGACAGUUUGCUUUUACAAGCUGUUUCAAAAGCAUUUUAAAGAGGGUUUUGAAGAAUAUUAUAGAUUUGGUACAUUUUGUUUAAAUGAUAACUCUUGUCAUUUUGGUAUCAUUUAUCUUGUGCUUUGUAAAUGUUUAUGCCUAAGUAGCCAGAGGAAAUGCUUUAACUGAAAGAUCUUCCCAGUUGUGCAUUAUAGAAAUAAUUCAUGUUUGAUAUCUUUAAGUUAAACUGUCUGGAGAAAAAUAAUGUCUUUGAUAGGGUAAAAAGUACAAGUAAAUUUUUUUUCAUAGAAAGAAAUUGGCCAACAGCAAUCGGUAUUAAGAGUUGUUUAAUUCUAGUUUUCAAACAAGAGAGGAGUCAUUCUGUCUAGCUUCAGUAUAAAUCAACCUUUUGCAACAUCAACAACUUUAAACCUUGUUGAUUUUAAUUCCCAGAAUUCCCCAACCAUCAUGCCACCAAGUUGCUGAUAUUGAGAUACACAACUCUUAAUACAAGAAAUUCCUAUAAAGAAUGAGUGAUAUUGUCAACAGAUAUUUUAAAUGUGUCAGGGAUUUCA